CUUCACCAUAAGGCUCGAGGGCAGUGAUAACCGUCUGACUGCUUACUGUGUGCUGGGCCAGACUUAGGGCAGACGCAUGCCUCUGAGAGCAAUGCAUCCUGGGUCCAAGUCGGCUCCCCUCUAGAACCAUGCCUUUCCUUGACCCAGUAAGUCAAGAGAGGUGAGAAGAGCCAAACCCCGCUGAAGGAUCAGUCUUAGGGAGGGAAGGAACCUAGUUUGGGGGAGGGGGAUCCCAAAGAGUGAAACCACUUCCUGUGUUAUGGCUAGUUCCGGUGUUGACAGAGAGGAGCUGAGGGGGAGGUGGGGAUGGAGGGAGCAGUGUGGCCGCCUGAGGGGUUCCUGAGGCCCUGGAGAUGAGAGAGCAGGACUCUGUCCCAGUCAGGAGCCUGCUGCUCUCCUGCAGCUGGACUGCUUCCCAGUCUCUGUCCUCCCCUGGGGCAAGAGAGGUCCAACAAGCUGUUUGGGUGGGAAAGGAGAAUGGAGGAAGUUGACGGAGAUGGGCGGGGCCCAUGGGGGGCCUGACCAGGAACCCAGCUUCCUACUCAGUACCCAGGCAUCCAGCCCCCGGCUCACCCCCCACCCCUUCCAGCCCCCAGUCCCCUCAGGAACCCAAGGUUCCGGUCCUCCUCCCAAAUUCCAGCCACCCCUCCACCGUCAGUGUCUCUCCCCCACCCCCAAGUCCAGGGAUGGAGGCUGAAAGACCCCAGGAAGAAGAGGAUGGUGAUCAGGGUCCUCCGCAAGAUGAUCAGGAGGGCUGGCCCCCUGUGAGCUCCGCCACUCGGCCUUGGCGAUCGGCUCCUCCCUCCCCUCCUCCUCCUGGAACCCGCCACACAGCUCUGGGGCCCAGGUCCGGCUCCCUGCUCUCCCUGCAGACAGAGCUCCUUCUGGACCUGGUGGCUGAGGCCCAGUCCCGCCGCAUAGAGGAGCAGAGGGCCACCUUCCACACCCCCAAGGCCACCCCAAGUGUAGCCCCAACCCAACCUCGGCUUCUUGAGGACAAAGAACAGCUCUACAGCACCAUCCUUAGUCACCAGUGCCAGCGGAUGGAAGCCCAGCGGUCUGAACCGCCUCUUCCCCCGGGAGGACAGGAGCUCCUGGAGUUGCUGCUGAGAGUUCAGGGAGGAGGUCGAAUGGAGGAGCAAAGAUCCCGCCCCCCUCCACACACCUGCUGAGACCUGAGUUCCCUACUAGUGCCUUCUCUCUGGGACUCAAAGCUGGGCCACCCCCCCGCAUGCCUUCCACCCUGCUCGCCAGGGGUACCAGAGA